AUGCUCAUGUUGAAGUCAUUCAUCGCCGGUCUUGGCAUAGCAGGGGCUAUAACAUCUGCUUUGAGGCUUGUUACCAAAGCAGUAUUCGAUAGAUCUCCCAACGGUCAUCGAAAAGGCGCUUUGUUGUUUUUGGCAUUUUCGACGUUGAUCGAGUUCAUUUGCAUUGUUCUCUACGUACACAUUUUUCCAAAGCUAUCACUAGUAAAGUAUUACUGUGCGAAAGCUGAAUCAAUCCAUCGAGAAGCUGAAGAAAAACAAACCAGUCGGCUAAGCAACAAAGAGUUGCUCUAUCAAAACAGGAACCUUGCAAUCAAUCUUUUCCUCAUCUACACCUUAACAUUGUCGAUAUUUCCUGGAUUUUUGUAUGAGAAUACUGGAGAACAUAAGCUCGGUUCAUGGUACCCUCUUGUACUUGUUGCUUCGUAUAAUGGGUGGGAUGCUUUCUCAAGAUAUAUUCCUCUAAUUGAACACCUAAAACUCAAAUCGGAACAAUGGAUCACUGCGUGCGUGCUUAUCCGGUUCUUGUUUGUUCCGGCUUUUUACUUCACUGCAAAAAAUGCGGAUCAAGGUUGGAUGAUAUCGUUAACAUCUUUUUUGGGAUUAACUAACGGCUAUCUAACAGUGUGCGUUAUGGCAGUUACACCUAAAAUCAACUACAAUGUUUUGGAGACGAAUGCUUUGGGAAAUUUGCUGGUAGGUUUUAUGUUAGGAGGGAUUUUUGCAGGUGUUUGCCUCGGUUGGCUUUGGCUACUAGGAACCAAUAGUUCCUUUUAGAGAGAUUCAGUAUUUACAAAAUAUAUGUUUAUGUAAUAAACAAUAUCUUUGAACGAGAAAAUAUUCUCAACGACGACAAAAUAUCAAUAUCUAACUUUCAAUAUUGACGUGUUAUGUUUAUAUGAGAAUAAUAUUAAUGUAAAAUGAUUAAUAA